AUGAAUCCACUUUCGGGAACGAAGGAUUUUUUGUCUACUGGAAUUUUAGAGCAAUCUCGAAAAAUUCAAGACUUAAAAGCAGAAAAUGAAAAACUCAAGUAUGAAUUGGAUGAUUAUAAAAAUAGAAUUGAACCAAAUUAUAUUAAAAUGGUCGAAUAUCUGGAAUAUCUGGAGACACAAUAUAAUGAAAAUAUCGAGGAUUUAGAAGCACAAUAUAAUGAUCGCUUGGCCAAAUAUCAAAACGACGCUGAGGAAUAUUACAAUAAUCAAUGUAAAGACUUGGAAAUUAAUUUAACAAGAUAUAAAGAAUUAAUUGAACCGACUUACCUUGGUAAAAUUAAAGAAUUAGAAGAAAAAUUGAAUCAAGAAAACGAAAAACCAACUUGCAUCAAAAAAAUCGAUGAAUUAGAAGUGAAUCAUAAUAACCACAUUAACGAAUAUCUAAAGCAAGCCGAGGAACAUUACAAUAAAAAAGUUAAUAUAUUAAUGAAAGAAUACAAAGAAAAUGAGUCAAGUUACAAAGAAAUAAUUAAUAAAUUAUCUCAAGGAAAAAAAAUUUGUCUAAACAAUUUAAAUAAUUAUAAACAAGAAAUCGAGCCAAAAUAUAAAGAAAAAAUCAAAAGUCUAGAAGCACGAUAUAACAACGUUAUACAUAAUCAUCAACAAGCCGAGGAAAUGUACAAUAAAAAACUUAAAGAAUUAACGGCAGAAAUUGAAACUUACAAGGAAACGACCAAACACUUGGAGGAGGAAAAUAGCAAAUUAAAUCAAGAAAGAUUAAAUGAUUUAAACAAUUACAUUAAACCAAAAAUUGAACCAGUGUAUGAAGAAAAAAUUAGAAAUUUAGAAGCAGGAUAUAAUGAUAAACUUGUUAAAGCUCAAAAAGAAUCUAAAGAGUAUUACUAUAAACAACUUCAAGAUUAUACUCUUACUUUAACGGCUGAGCAAAAAGAAAUUGAAUCAAAAUACAAAGAGAUGGUUGAUAAAUUAAGGCAAGAAAAAGAAAAUUGUUUAAUAGACUUGAAUAAAUACAAGCAAAAAGUUAAACAACUUGAAGAUUUAGCAGAAAAAAAUCAAAACUAUGCUAUUACUUUGAAGGAUGAGCAAAUAGAAAAUGGAUUAAAAUACAAAAUGAUAAUCAAUAAAUUAAACCAAGAAAAAACUCAUUUCCAAAAGAAUUUAAAUAAAUAUAAAGAAAACAUUAAUAAAUUAGAAAAAGAAUUGUCUCAAAUAAAAGAAGAUAAUUGUCAAUUAUCUGAAUUCUUGGAAUAUAAAAAUUCCACAGAGAAAAAGAUCAAAAAACUAGAAAUAGAAAAUUAUAGUAUAAAUAAUGCGAUUAAGAAAUUGAACAAAGAAUUAGAAAUUAAAAAUAAGGAAUCAAUAGAAGCUUCUUCAUUGUAUCAGUCGGCUUUAGGUGAUGCACCAAUACCUUGCUUUAAUGACGAAGCUUUAAAUAAUUUGGUUAAUUUUACAACUAAUAUAAUUAAUUUACAAAAUAAACUUGAGAAAUAUGUUACCACUCUAAAAGGUUCUAUUGAUAUUAACGUUAAGCUAAUUAAAGAGUUAUAUGUAAAAUAUCACGUGAAAUCUCAAAACUAUAAAGAUAAAAUUUUGAUGAAAUCAACUUUGCAACGUUAUAUUUUAGAAAAAGUUCUUGAAUAUGCAGAUGAUUAUUUUAAAAUUAAAGAAAGUGAACUUGGAUUUCCUGAAAUUUACGAAAGAAGAAAACCUCAAUCUCAUCAUCCAUUUAUAUCAUCCACAGCACAAAGACUCAAUCAAUCAAUGGCUGAAUAUCGUUUCAUCAGAGAUGAAAAUAAAAGAAAGUAUGCCGAAAAUAUGGCAGAAGAUAUUAUUAAAGACAUUGUAAGGAUAUUCAAAUUCAGUCUAUUGACCCAAGAACCAAAAUGUGAAAUACAUUGGUUUAAAAAUGAUGAUAAAAUAAUGCCAAAAUUAAUGAGAGGUCAAUGGGAUGAUGAUUAUUUGAAUGAUUUUGUUGUUGAUAUUUGUUAUUUUCCUUUGAUAGUAACAAUGAAUUCAAAUGAUGAUUUCAGUAAAAGUAAAGUGUAUUCUUAUGCAAAAGUUUACCCUCGAAACAUUGCAAUUCCUCAAGAAAAUAAAUUUUAUGAUCUAUCUUUAAACGAGACAUCGGAUAAUAAAUAUAAAAAGUCAUCAAGAAAUAGCGGUGAUGGCCUAAUUAACCCUUUAGCGAAGAAAAUAAAUAGAAAAACAUCAGUUGAAGACCAAAAUGCCGCAUCCUCCUCCUUAUCGUCAUCAGAUAAAGUAAUAACGAGUCCACAGGAUACAGCACUUCAAAUAGUCUUUGCGUAUGAUAAUCUACAAAAUGCAGAUUCUGAUGAAGAUGACAAAAAUUUUAAUGAAGAUAUGAAAGAAAAAGAUGACAAAAAUCUGAGGUUGAUGAUAAAAAAUUUCUUUAAAAGCAGUAAUGAUCAAGGGAGAGAUUUUAAAUAA